UUUGUACUCGGUUGAAUAGAAUUAUUGAUUCUGUUGGAUGCAGUAACAGUGGAAUCCCCAAUGGCGGGUUCUUCGAUCAUGGAGAACCUCUUCCAACGCUCGCUGGAGGAUAUGAUCAAAUCCAUGCGCCUCCAACUCAUCGGUGAAACUACCUUCAUCUCCAAGGCCACGGAGGAGAUCCGCCGGGAGAUCAAAUCUACCGACCAGCAAACCAAAUCCACUGCGCUCCAGAAGCUCUCUUACCUCUCUGCCGUGCACGGCGUCGACAUGUCCUGGGCGUCCUUUCACGUCGUCGAGGUCAUGUCCUCCUCCAAGUUCGCGCACAAGAGGAUCGGUUACCACGCCGCUUCCCAAUCCUUUAACGACGACACGCCGGUGCUCCUACUCAUCACCAACCAGCUCCGCAAGGACCUCUCCUCCACCAACGAAUUCGAGGUAAGCCUCGCUCUCAAUUUGUUGUCGCGAAUUGCCACUCUCGACCUCGCGCGCGAUUUGACGCCCGAGGUUUUCAAAUUGCUCUCCACCACUAAGGUUUUCGUCAGGAAGAAGGCUAUCGCCGUGGUUUUGAGGGUUUUCGAUAAGUACCCCGACGCUGUUAGGGUUUGCUUCAAGCGCUUGGUUGAGAAUCUCGAGAGUUCCGAUCCUCUGGUUGUGACCGCCGUGAUUGGAGUUUUCUGCGAGCUGGCUGCCAAGGAUCCUAGGUCAUAUCUUCCCUUGGCGCCGGAGUUUUAUAGGAUUUUGGUUGAUUCUAAGAACAAUUGGGUUUUGAUCAAGGUGCUCAAGGUGUUUGCUAAGUUGGCUCCCUUGGAGCAUAGAUUAGGGAAAAGGAUUGUUGAGCCGGUUUGUGAUCACAUGAGGAGGUCUGGGGCCAAGUCCUUGGUGUUUGAGUGUGUUAGGACUGUGCUCACUAGCUUGAGUGAUUAUGAGUCAGCUGUUAAGCUCGCGGUUGAGAAGGUUAGGGAGUUGGUGGUUGAUCAGGAUCCCAAUCUUAGGUAUCUUGGGCUACAUGCACUUUCGGUUGCUGUACCCAAGCACUUGUGGGCGGUCUUGGAGAAUAAGGAAGCGGUGGUAAAGUCGUUGAGUGAUGAUGAUUUGAAUAUCAAGAUUGAGUCUCUGCGAUUGUUGAUGGCCAUGGUAUCUGAGAGCCAUGUUGCAGAUAUCUCCAGGGUGUUGCUUAAUUAUGCGUUGAAAUCUGACCCUGGAUUUUGCAACGAGAUAUUGGAUUCCAUUUUGAGGACAUGUUCUAGAAAUUUGUAUGAGAUUGUUGUUGACUUUGAUUGGUACGUGUCUCUUCUUGGAGAAAUGGCCACGAUUCCUAAUUGCCAAAAGGGGGAAGAGAUUGAAACUCAGCUUGUUGACAUUGGCAUGAGAGUUAAGGAUGCUAGAAUGGAGCUCGUUCGGGUGGGGCGUGAUCUGUUGAUUGACCCGGCAUUACUGGGUAAUGUGCACUUGCAUAGGAUAUUGUGUGCUGCUGCUUGGGUUGCUGGAGAGUAUGUUGAGUUUGCAAGCAAUCCCUUUGAACUCAUGGAUGCACUCCUACAGCCUCGUACCAGUCUCUUGCCACCAUCCAUUAGAGCAGUUUAUAUUAACUCUGUUCUUAAAAUUUUAAUCUUUUGUCUCGACUGCUACCUUUUGCAAAAUGAUGGUUCUGGAUCUUUAUAUUCUGGUAAUUUGGAAGGGGAACAAUCAGAGUUGUUUAGUGCAAAAAAUGACACUGAGGCUACGAAAUUGGCAACUUGUGGAGGUUCAAAUUAUGAACAGGAUGUUGGUUUUAACCCAAGGAAUAUAGCUGACUCUUCUGAAGAUCUCUCUGUUGAAAAUGGUAUAGAUAGAGUUGCUACUCAUGGUAAAACAUUUACAUCUACUCUAGUGGCAGGGAAGAAUUUCUUGUACGAAUCUAUUGUAAGCUUAUUGAAUAGAAUUGAAUUAAUUUUUGGCCCGCUAAUAACAAACCAGGAUGUUGAAGUGCUGGAGAGAGCACAAAACAUACUUUCCCUUGUUCAGUUGAUUAAAGAAGAAAUAAUUGAUAAUUCAGUCCAGAGUGUGGACACCGUAGAAAAGAAAGAUACUCGAGUUUCAACUAUUAUCAAUUUGAUGCGUGAUACUUUUACUACAGAACUUGGUCCAGUCUCAGUAAGUGCACAGGGCAGAGUUGCUGUGCCGGAAGGACUAGUUCUUAAAGAAAAUCUUGAUGAAUUACAAGCAAUAUGUGGUGAUACUGAACUAUCUUCAUCAAGUUCGUUUGCCACGGGGGCCCCUCACGGUAUCACUAUUUCUGAUGGUUCUUCAUCUAAUCUUCUGCAAAAUGAAGAGUUAGGGCCUUUGAAUGAAUCCACAUCCUUGAUUGAACAUCGUAAGAGGCAUGGGUUAUAUUAUCUUCCUUCGGAGAAGAGUGAGAUUGUUCCAGAUGAGUAUCCUCGUGCAAAUGAUCCGAAGUCAAACAGUAAUAUAAAUGAUGAAGCUGCCGAACUAGUCAAGCUGACAGAACAAUCACUUAUGAAGAAAAGGACAAACCAAACAAAGCCCAGGCCGGUAGUAGUGAAAUUGGAUGAUGGAGAUCUGGCACCAAUUUCAGUCAAAAGGCCAGAGCCUAGGGACGAUUCUCUUUCUGGUGCCAUACAAGAUGUUCUUCUAGGAAGUGAAAGUGGACCAAGUGUGUCUCAAAGUUACCCUUCUAAUAAGUCAUCAAGGAAGCAGAAAGAGAAAAAGAAACUAAGCUCGAAUGGUCGAUCUGAAAUGAAGGAAAAUGCAGUUGAUUCAGAAAAGCCUGACCCUGAAAGAGCAAAUUCUAGUAGCAAAAAUCAUGGUCAUAGUAAAGAGAGAAAACACAGAGGAAAAGAAAAGAUUGUUGAGGGUGAAGAGCGUGAUCAGGAGGGAAAGAAAAAGAGUGGCCACGGCCGUGGUAGGAGAAAAACUCAUCACAGAGCGAAGUCACCCUUAAGUGUGGCUUCCCAAACUCCAGUCAUUCCUGAUUUUCUUUUGUAGGAUUUAAGGAUUGGUUUGAUUUCUCAUCACCUGUCUUUAUUGACUGAGGCUGUUUACAUAUUGUAUUCUUUGUGCAGAGUUCUUGAGUUAGUUCUGUAGAUUUUACUUAUUUUUUGGUCAUUUGUUAUGAUUUCUUAAUACUAUAUUCCUUGUCA